AUGUAUUCAUCAAGAGGUGGUGACAAAAAUUAUGCCAUGCGCAUGCCAUCAAAUGCGACCUGGAGCAAACUUGACAUGGAAAAACAUGCAACAGACAUUUGCAAGAUCCCGUUGCAUGAAGCUGGGUUCUUGCUCGAUUCAAAUCAAGGAACCGUCAAGCAAUCAAAAAUCGAAGAUGCAAAAGAGAUCGCUGAUAUGAGAGUUCUCUGGAUAGCAAAUACGGGCAAAUAUGCAUCUCGUUUCAGAGGAGCUCGGCCGUUUGAAGGAUUCGGAUUGCCAGGUGAUGGCUUGAUAGUUAAAUCGAAACGCGAUUCGACGACCUAUCAUCACGCCAAUACCAGUUCAAACGGAAUUAAUAUCAUGUUGGUGGUUUUGCGCCAACAUUUAAGUUUCUCCCUAGAUUUGUGUAUUCCACAGGAUAAGAUCACGGAUGAGGAGGCCGAGGUAUACAAAGUUGCUUGGAUGAAUCUUGGUGAAAACAAGAUUCAUGAUUGGGACAUCAAAAGAAAGCUCUUCAAGUCCGUACACGGAAUUUCUGAUCUUCAAUUUAAUGGUAUCAUGGAAAAGAAGUUCUCAUUUGAAGAUGUUCUCGCGCACCCGAAGUUACAAAAUCUUUUCCGAGGUGCCCACUUCGAUAUCGCAAGCCACAUCAUGCUGCGAAAAUAUCCCGAUGAACCAGACCCAGCUUGGGCAAGAGCCAUCGCAGAACCGGAUUUUCUUCAUCUGUUUAAUGAAUUGAGAUGGGAUGGCGUUAAGAAAUUGGAUGCAUUCAUUGAUAGGCAUUUCAAAACUGUCGGGUAUGGGAACGAGCACCGUAUCUUUUUCGCAGCCAAGCCAUGGUUCUUCAAAGUUCUCUAUGAACCCCAUAUGAUUAUGAGGUCCAUAUUCGAGCUUCGAAAUUUUCAGAUGGGUGGAAUUGUAACAAGAGAGCUGAAAGACACUGAUGGUAAAGUCAUUUACAACAGAGAAAAGCAUGUGUACGCUUUAUGUGCGGUUGUCAGACUGGGAAAUGGGAAUGACGUCCAAGAUGACCCAACACCUCUCCCUGAGGAUUAUUUUGACGAUGGUGCUCCCGACUUUGAACCAAGAUACUCCUGGGCUACAUCUGAUGUCGAUGUGACCGACACCGAUCAACAAAAUCGAAGUGCACUUGAGAAAACCUCGUCAAGUACACUAAAAUCUAGUUCCAACAGAGAACAGUUUGGAUUUCGUUCGGGACUCUCAGAUUUUGGGCCUUCAAAGGAUGGUCGAAUACCUAUGUUUGGUUCCAUUUCACCAAUGCCAAUGUUUGGGCCUCGACAGGACUCCGAAUUACCUUGGUUUGGGUCAACUUUUCAAGCACCUAAGUUUGGAUCUAGUACCCAGGCAUCUGUAUCUGGGUCUCGUAGUCAAGAAUCUGCUAUCAAUGCAAGAACUCCACCUAGGAUGACUCCAACACCUUCUUCAGCUGGUACUCAUAGCAGCAGAAAUCCAAGGAAGAGAGAUCAUGAUGGAAUGAUGUAUGAUGAUGCUGAUGAUGGUGAAAAUAAUGAUUCUUACCAAUCAUCAAAAUCAGAUGGUAGAUCAGCCAGACUCAGGACUGGAGAGUAUUGCAACUUCUGUCGAAAGACUGGUCAUGACGAGAGAGAUUGUUACAAGAAGAACGCUGCGCUAUCAUCGACUCGCGGUACUUCAAACCGAAGAGGAAAUCAUUCACAGUGUCGUGGUCGGGGGUCGUUGGGUGGGGGGUUUUGGUCUGCCAAUGAAGGGGUGGGAUCUUCUACAGAGCAAAAUCGUGGAGAUCAAGGACCGCAUUCGGGAGAGUAUGAUUCCAAUCGGUAUCAAUGGGUUUGGAGAUAUGGUUGA